UGCUGUGAGAGCUCGUGGGGGAGCGAGCUGUACAGCCCGUGCUGUGCUACUGAGAGUCGAGGUGUUGCAGAGUAACCAGUCUUUUCAUACCGCGAUCAACAAAGUUUGCACCACGACACUUUCUGCAAGCGAAGAACGACUACAUCAACAAGAUUUUUAUUUUACAACUUACCGCUCUUAUUUUUGAAAACGAGGACGGAAAUUAAGCCGAGUGAGAUACCAGCUGCAUUGAUUCCCGAAUAGUUCUGAACGAUGGACAGCAAUCUGGUGGAAAUAUAUAAGGAAGACAAGUGCCUGUCUGUUGUCUCCGAGGAGUGCUUGUUGAAUUCCACAUGGCAGCCCAGUUAUUCUGACAUAUAUAAUUUCACACCAAAUGGAAGUUGGGCGAACGAGCCCAUGUCGCCCAUUAUACCCAUUAUCACAGCGGUAUAUUCCGUGGUAUUUGUGGUGGGUUUGGUGGGCAACUGCCUUGUUAUGUAUGUUAUCAUCAGAUACACAAAGAUGAAGACUGCCACCAACAUCUACAUCUUCAACCUUGCUUUGGCAGAUGCCCUGGUCACAACCACCAUGCCUUUCCAGAGUACAGAUUACCUGCUCAACUCAUGGCCUUUUGGUGAAAUAGUCUGCAAGGUCUUCAUCUCCAUCGAUUACUACAACAUGUUCACCAGCAUUUUCACCCUGACCAUGAUGAGCGUGGACCGCUACAUUGCGGUCUGUCAUCCAGUCAAGGCCCUUGAUUUCCGCACUCCCAUAAAAGCCAAGAUUAUUAAUGUCUGUAUCUGGAUUCUCUCUUCUGCGGCUGGCAUACCAGCUUUGGUCCUUGGAAGCACUCAAACCAACAAUGGCACCACGGAAUGUGCCUUGCAGUUCCCAGAGCCAUACAUCUACUGGGACACCCUGAUGAAGAUCUGUGUAUUCGUUGUUGCCUUCAUCGUGCCUGUCCUCAUCAUCACAGUUUGCUACACCCUGAUGAUCCUGCGGCUCAAGAGUGUUCGGCUGCUGUCGGGGUCUCGGGAGAAAGACCGGAACCUGCGGCGGAUCACCAAGUUGGUCCUGGUGGUCGUGGCAGUAUUUGUGGUGUGCUGGACCCCCAUACACAUUUUCAUUUUGGUGAAGGCCCUCACCAAUGUUCCCGAGACCACUGCUGUGAUGGCAGCCUAUUUCUUUUGUGUUGCCCUGGGCUACACCAACAGCAGCCUCAACCCCAUCCUAUAUGCAUUCCUGGAUGAGAACUUCAAGAGGUGUUUCAAAGACUUCUGCCUCCCGUCAAAGCUGAAGGUGGACAGACAAGGCACCAACAGGGCAAGGAGCACUAUCCGUGAACCUGUUCACCCACAGGAAAACCAGGACCAAACUAGCAAGCCAGUAUGACUAGCCGUGGAGCUGUCCUCUUUUAGCCCCCAUGGACGAGAGGAUUCAAAUGACCUCGGCUUAACCCAAGUCACAUCAACAAUUUGAACGUAUUCAGAUGUAAAUAUACCCCAGUGUACUGCACUUGUAGGAUGACAGAUAAAGGAUCAAUCCUUUAUGUUUGUCACUGUUGGGCCAGAAAAUUUCAAAUUAGGCCUACUCUUUUCAAAUGCUUUGUUUACAAAAAUCAAUUGGCUAUAAGAAACCUCACAUUGGUAAAGUGUUGUUCUUAGUGGAAUGGGGCCUGUGUGAGAAGUGUGAAUCCGUGAAUGUUCAACGAUCAAAGUUUCACGUGUGAAUUAAAGUGGCGCGCCAGUUUGGAAGGCUUUCUAGAAUAUAAAAUGCUGCACAAAAGGAUCUUUACUAAAUUACUGUACUCUUUAAUGAACUCAUUUUUGAAGUCCACAAGCAUUUGCUUUGAGUGACACCAGUUUUAUUUUGUUUAUUCAUAUACAUAAUCAGAUAUCACCAGAAAGUAAGCUUGAGAGAACCCAGACAAUUCACAGGAUAUACUGUAGUUUUGACUUAAAUCAUGAACAAAUCUUUAAAAGGCAAAUUUGGAAUUUAACACACACAGAUGUAUAUAUAAAAUUCCCCACCCCCACCCAGUCUGUUUAAAGACUGCACACAAACAUUUUAUGAUCUUUAUUGCAGAAAUAAAUGUCCAUUUAACCUUUUUGAAAAGAAAAAAGUAUACAUUAUUUUGUGCAGUUUCCAUUACACCUGUCUAGAUAUGAAUUUAUGAGUACAGCUGCACAGGGUAACCUAUAUUCUGUUUUGUUCUGUGAUUUCAUCAUCUAUUUCGUGCAAAGAUCUAUCCAGUUUAUUUAUUUACCUCAGUUUGGAAUGCACUAUCAUUAUUUUUGAAUGUGUUGAACUUAUGUCAUGCCGACUGUGUGCAAUGAUAUCAGAACAUAGGUCCAUUGUUAUUAUUAAUUGUUCAUUUAAAAUUAUUGGUGCUAUAUAUGUUAAUUAUUUUGUAAUUAAUAUAGACAUGGCCUCCUCAUGACAUCCUGCUUUUUUAUAACAUUAACCUAUUCCUGGAGCAUCAAUGGCAUUUGGAUAAUUUUCUUUUGUUGAAUAUUGAAGUAUAAAAUACUCAGGGACAUCAAUUUGGAUUCAAAGUUUAGCAGCUUAUCUUCAUAUAGAUGCUGAUGAGAACAUCGCUUUCUCAAUUUAGGCCGAAUUUUCAAGGGGAGAAUUAGUAGUCCUGAAAAAAAUCUUUGUUUUGUUAUUUAUUUAUUUAUUUGGUUGUUUUGUUAGGAAGAACAGUUUUUCAGCUGUUUGUCAUUCCCUUAUCAUUAAAGUCCACAAGUGUGCUUUAUGUCCAGGAUUCAGUGCAAUAUUGGUGUUUACAAUCAAUAUUGGCAACAGUGGCAACAGAAUUCUAUAGAGCAUCCAAUUAUACCAAAAUUGUAUAUAAAUAUAAAAAAAUAUUGAAUAUCAUGAUUGUGUUCCAGUGUACAGUUAAAUGACUGCUUGUUGUAAAUGCUCUAAGAUAGGACAGAAGGUAAUGUUUCAAUUAUUUAGCACAGUGAUGUGAUGAUGCAUACAGAAAGAGUCAACAGCUUGUCUGGUCUAAAAUAUACUUGCCUGUGCUGCUUUUAAGUCAAAACGUAUGUGCGAAUCCUGGACUUGAAUGUUUAUUUGAAAUUUGGCAGAGGGCUUUACAUCAACAUUGACAAUGGAAUUGUAUUAUACAGUCCAGUUGUUAAAUGUUGAUGAUAUACUAUCCAUAUAGUUGAGGAUUGUGGGGUGUUUUGUAUCAGCACAACUCACAGCUCACAUUUGGAUAUACUGUACAUAUGCAAAUAAUUCUGGAAUAGAAAUAUACAUGAUUAUAUAGGUAAUAUAAUGGACUGUUUUGAUUAUUUGAUUUUGCAUGUGAACAAAUGUAAAUGAUAACUAUAUGUAUAUCAUGAAAACAUAUACUAUAAUAUUCAAUAUUUAAAAUACAAAUAUACAGUAGAAGUGCCAAUUCUCUAACAUUUUCUCAAAUUAUUCUAGACACAGUGAAUACAUUCAAAAAAGAAUCAAAAAAAGGAUUGAAAUUCAUCAACAUGUAUUCUUAAUUUCUGUCAUUGUCUGAACAAACGUGUUGUUGAAACUCACAGCUGCUGUCCAAAAUGUUCUGUAUUUAUUUUGAGUCUUAGCAAAUAUAAUAAAUUAAUAUAUAGAUAGUCAGCAUAUAUAGCAUGUAUGUUGCAAUGAAACAUCUUUUAUUUUGCAGUAUCUCUGUCAGUUCAGUGUUAACAGAAAAACAACAUUAUCUGAUGAAAAGAAACAAAACUUUGGUUCAUGCAUAUUAAAAUGUUUCAAACUGAUACUAUAAAUGAAGAUGUGUACAUGUUCAUAGCUGACCUCGGUAUGUGUGGUAAAAUCUUUGGAAAAAUACACUUUGGCACUGUGUAAAAUGAGUAACCCAUGCUAGAACAGUGCUCCAAUUUCUUAUUGUAAAUAACAAAAUACUCUAAUAUGCACAAUAUUUACUUAAUUGUAAAACCUGUCAUGUAUUUUGCUUAUUAUUAAAAUGUAUGGACUGAAAACUAGAA